UUUAUUUUUUAAUAGAGUAUAAAGAAUAAAUUUCUAUCUUCUAAAGUUCUUGAUAACAAAGCCAUUUAAUUUUAAUACUGUGUUUUUGUUACAGAAUAAUUCAUAGCUACGCGAUAUCUAAAUUUUUAUCGCAAUCUCUCCUUAUUAAUUCUAUCUUUUCCACUAAAACAUUUAUUCGUACGCGUCUGGAUCAAUAUUUAAAAUUUCAGUCACACGUAAUCAUACGUAAAAGCGAUGAUUACGUGUGAUUGGAAAACCCGUAAAUAUCUUCGCCUUGAACUAGCUCACUAAAAUGAAUAAUAAAAUAAUAAAAAUCAUAGAAUUAUCACUCAUGUGCUAUCAUCAAACCGGCGGUCGCUUAAAAAUGGGGAAAUGCGACUUGUCUAGCCAGGGCGCAAUACGUAAAGUAAACAAUUCUGUGUAUCACGCCGCGAAUGACGUAACGUGUCACGUAUAUCAAUUUAAUAGAAGAUGAGAUAUUUCUUUUAGUAUUUCUUUUUCGUUGCAUCGAGAUGACGAUUAUGUAUCUGCAUAUAAAUAAGCCUUCCUAGAUAAAAGCAUUAGUUGAUCGAACGUUACAGUGUUGCACGUUACUUAAACUUCUCAGCGUAGAUUCUUCCCAAAGAUCUAUCUACAUUUCUACAUGUGAUUCGUAUUAUAUUAUAUUAUCAUAUGUGAUAUACAGAUUAUUACACACGCGCAGAGAAAUAUUUUCUACAUUUUUAUAAAAAUUUUAAAAGUAAGUAUACAUUUUUUCACAUAGAAAGCGCAAUAUAUCUGUUCAAUAUAAUAAUUAAUAAAUACUAUAAAAUUUAUAUUAAUCAAUAAAUAAUUCUAAACAUUGUAAAACAAUUUAUAUCUUCUGACAAAUGUAUUGUAGAUGCGGCGCACAUUUUAUUGCACCCUGUGGCUCCUAGUGUUCGUAGUUGCACAUACGUAUGCAAUGCCUCAAAGAUUCAUAGAAGUGCACGAGCUGAAUUCUAAGGAAUCGCCAGUCGACCAGUUGGCUCCGAUGGAUCCAGCUUUACACGCUUUCCCAACGACCCCGACAGUGCCUCUCUUACCGAAUUGCAUGACGAGAGGCUACUUUAGAGACCCAUUUAAUUGCGGCAAGUUUUAUUUCUGCGAGCACGAUCACGCGGUACCGAUAGCGUAUUAUUGCGAGCCCGGUUUAAUAUUUAACUCGAUUACAGACUCGUGCGAUCUGCCGCAAUACGUGCAAUGUUAAUUAACAAACUUAAUAUGUACACUAAAAUAAUUAAAAAGACAGUUUUCGAAAUUUUCUAUCUAUUAUAAAUAAAUAUUUAUUGCCGAUGAA